UUGUACUCUGUUACUCUUAGAAAUACGGAGCCCAUACCAGUUAAACGGGCUCGUUUAGAGUCAACCCCGAUGAUUCCUCAUCAACGGAUUGGCCGUUUUGAGCCGGCAGUCUCGCUACCACAACCUAUCGAAUUUCUACAUCCAAAGAACGAGACUGGUGUGGUGGAGAUAUCUGCUAGAUCCACGCUUCCUCAAGCCGGUACCCCAGCUAGCAUGCAAUGUCGAGUUUGUGGAGAUUCUAGAGCAGGUAGACAUUAUGGAACGAUUGCUUGUAAUGGCUGUAAAGGAUUUUUCCGUCGAAGUAUUUGGGAACAGAGAGACUAUACAUGUCGAUUCGGAGGAAAGUGUCAGAUAAUACAAGAAUAUCGUAAUCGAUGUAGGGCUUGCCGCCUCGCCCGUUGUUUUGAAGUUGGAAUGGAUGCCCGAGCUGUACAAUCCGAACGUGAUAAGCAUAAGAAAAAGCCUUCGCUCUCGUCGUCGCCCUCUAUAAGCAUAGAUGAGACUGUCCAACCACCUAGUACUUCUUCCUUCCAAAAUGAAGCUUCACCUACUAUGUCGCCUUUCAUUCCAAAUUCCAUGAAUUCGGUAAUUCUCAACUCCUCUCCUUCUACUUCAAGUCCUAUGCAAACUUCUCGAGUUACUUUCAAUAAAUUAACGUAUUCCACCAACAUACAAGUUCCCGGAGCUGUGAACAGAGCUUUCGCUGAAACGCUGUCAGUAUAUCCUCCAGUUUCUAAAGCUCAAGAAUUUUCAAACAGAACCAAUUACCAAACAGCCCUCGUUCAGUAUUUAUUGGAUUUAGAGGAGCAGACUGAUAAUAUGUUUGAUACCAAAGAAGACUUAGAAAUUGACCAAGAAUUUGAUAAGCUAUGCCGUGUAGAUGUUACAAUUGAAAUUGCCUUCAAGAAACCCGGUAUUGUCGCAAGGCGAACACCUCCCAAAUGGUAUGCCUUAGAAAGACUGGUAACGUUAGAAGAUGUGCAAAUCGCCUGGUGUAGAUCGUUCGUUCUUUGCGUAGACUGGGCUAAUAUAUUCCGUGAUUAUACAGAAUUAUCAGAGUCAGAUCGAUAUACUCUAUUGAGGAAUCGGGUUGUCUCAGUGAAUUGGCUGUGCCAUACUUAUAAAACAUUCAAAGCUGGUUGCGAUGGAGUAGCUCUAGUCAAUGGUAGUUGGUAUCCUAGAGAUGUGGAAAUGCAGAAAUUACUUGAUCCAGGAUGCAAUCACUAUUUCCAAAUUUUAGCAGAGCAUUUAAUGUUAGACUUGGUUUAUCCCAUGCGUGAAAUGGAAAUGGACGAUGCAGAGUUUUGUUUGCUCAAAGUGUUGAUACUUUUCCGAGCUCAUCGAAAACUUUCGGAAGAAGGAAAAUCUAUCGUUAAUAGGCUUCGGGACAAAUACGUUGAUGCUCUUUUCCACCACAUAGCUGCGAAACAUCCUCAUUUCACUUCACUGGAAAUUACACAAAGAGUUUCAAAGAUUUUAUUACUUUUACCAAGUAUUGAGCAUCUUUCUCAACAAGAAGACGAUAAUGUACAAUUCUUGGCUUUAUUCAAUUUAGCCAACCUCAACGGGUUGCCGUAUGAGUUGCACUCUUCGGUCAAACAGCAUUUGCAAGGUGAAGACGAUACUCAGGUUAACGAAGUGACUUCUAAUGAAGCUGAGAUGAAAGUUUUUGACUUUGAGGCUCCAGUUCCACAUGAGUCAACGGGCUACAAUCUUUCAUUCGCCAAUGAUCUUUUAUGA